AUGGAAGACGACGAUAUGGAUGCGUCGCUUGAUGGACCCAUGUCCAAGCGUGCGCUUGCAAAACAGCUCCUCCUCAACAAAAAGCGCAACGACAAAGAGUUCACAUAUCCGAAGAAUAUAAUCUUGUUCGAGCUGACCCCAUUUAGCGAGAAGAAGAUUGAUAGGAUUGAAGACCGUCUAGCGGGUAUUGAGAAUGUUCUUGCCAGUCUCGCAACGAAACUUGGCUCUCUGGACAUACAGAAAGAUUCGCAGGAAUCCAGCAGCCAGUCGCGGUCGAGUCGAAUUGGCCCUACAAGGAGUCCCGGAAGUGCCCUGGUAGAAGCACCCACGCCUGCGCCAUUUGAAGGCGAAAGCUCUAUCAACAGUCAGUCAGACUAUGCUCGCGAAAUGCUGGCACAAGCUAUUGGCAGCACGCCCUCCAUCGGGCAAAAUGAAGAAGUCAAGUUAGCACUUACUGCACUCUCGGAGAUGGUCUCCCAGCACGGUCAAAACCCAACGUCUUCCAACUGGUUGAUCAACCACUCACUUUCCGAUAUUGAUCCAUCGAAGCUUGAACGGCCGCCUUGGGAAACCGCGUGCUAUGCUUUGGAGAAAGCUAGUGGUAGGUCUAUCGACUUCGUACCCCUCACGUCGAGCUGA